GUGAGCCGCUUCAAAGUCAACGUGGACAGCAAAACAUUUUUAAAAUCUAAAUCUGUGAUCUAAUUAGUAUUUAUUUGUUUUGCCAAGAUUUCAGCUUGGUAAUUAGUUUAAUCUGGUUUUAUUAUUGUUGCUCAGUACCCUGAAUUUAGUAUAAUGGCAGGUCGUGGUCCAGCUGGUGGUGAUACACAAGAUAAGUUAACUCGUAUUGCAAUUGUCAACAAUGAUAAAUGUAAGCCAAAAAGAUGUAAGCAGGAGUGUAAAAAAAGUUGCCCAGUUGUGAGAAUGGGCAAACUUUGUAUCGAGGUUACUCCAAAUGAUAAGAUCGCAAAAAUCAGUGAAGAGCUCUGCAUAGGAUGUGGUAUUUGCGUGAAAAAAUGUCCUUUCGAGGCUAUUCACAUUAUCAAUCUUCCAAGUAAUUUAGAAAAGGCAACAACUCAUCGAUAUGGACAGAAUUCAUUCAAACUUCACCGUCUUCCAAUUCCAAGACCUGCUGAAAUAUUGGGUCUUGUAGGUACAAAUGGUAUUGGUAAAUCAACUGCCUUGAAAAUUUUAGCUGGCAAACUCAAACCCAAUUUAGGUCGAUGGGGAAGUGAUCCACCAGAUUGGAGUGAAAUUUUGACUUAUUUCCGUGGAUCAGAGCUUCAGAAUUAUUUCACUAAAAUUUUAGAAGAUGAAUUGAAAGCCAUUGUCAAGCCACAAUAUGUUGAUCAGAUACCUAAAGCUGUUAAAGGUACAGUUCAAUUUCAUCUCGAUAAAAAGGAUGAAAUGAAAAAUCAAAAUGAAAUAUGUGAUAUGCUGGACAUAAAUCAAGUUAUUCGGAUGAGGAACGUGGAAGAUCUUAGUGGAGGAGAACUACAAAGAUUUGCAAUUGCAAUGGUGUGCAUCCAGAGAGCCAAUAUUUACAUGUUUGAUGAACCUUCAUCUUAUCUUGAUGUUAAGCAGCGUUUGAAGGCUGCCGAAGCUAUUAGAUACUUGAUAACAUCUGACCGUUAUAUUAUUGUGGUUGAGCACGAUCUUGCUGUUCUAGAUUAUCUUUCUGAUUUCAUUUGUUGUCUUUACGGAGUGCCCGGAGCCUAUGGUGUUGUAACUAUGCCUUUCUCUGUUCGUGAAGGUAUAAACAUUUUCCUUGAUGGUUUUGUUCCCACUGAAAAUCUUCGGUUCCGAGAUGCCUCGCUUGUUUUUAAGGUUUCAGAAACAGCUGCUGAAGAAGAAGUUCGUCGAAUGUGCCGUUAUGAGUAUCCAACGAUGGUUAAAAAGAUGGGUGACCAAUUCGAGUUGAAUGUAAAACAGGGAACUUUCACUGACUCUGAAAUUAUAGUAUUAUUGGGUGAAAAUGGUACUGGUAAAACAACUUUUAUCCGUUUAUUAGCUGGUCGUUAUGCACCUGAUAGUGGUGAAGGUGACGUUCCUACGCUAAACAUCAGUUACAAGCCUCAGAAGAUCAGUCCGAAAUCUCAGGGAACUGUUAAAAAUCUACUCUUUGAUAAGAUCCGAGAAGCUUAUUGUCAUCCCCAAUUUCAAGCUGAAGUUGUGAAGCCACUUAAUAUUGAAGCUUUACUGGAUCAAGAGGUUAUUAAUCUUUCUGGUGGUGAAGCUCAAAGAGUCGCUUUAGUACUAUGUUUGGGUAAACCUGCUGAUGUUUACUUGAUUGAUGAACCUUCCGCUCAUCUUGACUCAGAACAACGUUUAGUUGCAGCCAAAGUAAUUAAAAGAUUCAUUCUCCACUCAAAAAAGACUGGAUUCGUUGUAGAGCACGAUUUUAUCAUGGCUACUUACUUGGCCGAUCGUGUUGUUGUUUUUGAAGGUGAACCUGGAGUUAAAACAUAUGCCAACAGUCCCCAAACCUUGCUUGGUGGUAUGAAUAGAUUCUUGGAGCUAUUGAACAUAACUUUCCGAAGAGAUCCAAAUAACUUUAGACCUAGAAUCAAUAAGUUAAAUUCUGUCAAGGAUACAGAACAGAAAAAGUCGGGAAACUACUUUUUCUUGGACGAUCUUUAAAGUUUAUCUGGUUUCUGAAUAAAUUGUUGGUCUCUGUCUUUUCAAUGUUGCAUUAUAAGUGAAAAAAUUAAAAGCGUGAACACAUUUGAUUCGUUUGAAUUCUGUAUUAUGAUAGCAUAUUGGUUGAGCUGCAAUGUGACAUGAAUUUUAUAAGCAUGGAUGCUUAUAUCUGAAAAACUACCAUGGGAGCUUUUUUGUUUUUGUCUCAAUUUGAUUAUUCAUCAAAUUUUUUAUCUUAACCUCAAGCACUUAAGAUGCAAUGGACAAUAGUGGCAAAUAGCUAAAUUGGAUAAAAUAACUUAAUAUUUGAUGAAAACAUCCUAAGGAAUGACCAAGCUAUCUCUUUUGAUACCAUUUGUUACAAUUUUCUGUAUAACAGAUCUUGUCAACCCAAAUAACGAAUCUAAAUCAUCUUUAUAUUUAACUGUGACAUUAAAAUGGAAAAUAUUUCGAUUAAUUGUUAUUGAUAAAGACCAAUUUUCACUUUGAGUUCACAGCUGCUCAAAAAUAUAUUCAUGAUAAUGCUAAGAGACUCACUGAAUAAUAAAUAAAUCAAUAAAUGCUAUAUUAAUUUGACUCUGA